AUAAUACUAACAACAAUACUAAUAUUAUUGAAGAACAAGACUCUUUAUAUAAUGAAAUACAAGAUUCUUUGCAAAAAGAAUUAAAUGUAGAUUCUUUAACUUUAAAAGCAUUAUUUGAUAAUUCAUUAAAUAAAAACCUCAUCUUUUAUGUGAAUAUCUUAAACCAAGUGAUAGCAAGAUUUUCAUUUGCUGUAUACUAUGUUUAG